AUGGAUAUUAAAACUAUUUCGGAGUUUUACGAAGCUGUCUGCGCCGAAUAUGACAUAAAAAUCAACCCAGACGCUUUACACGUUUUACAGAAAGCCGCGGCAACAGGGAAUUUCACCUUGAAGCUGUCAGGAAACAACAGACUGAGGCGCGUUCAGAGACUGAGUGACGCCGACGUCCUCGCUCUCUCUAAAUGUCUGCACAACAACAAGCGUGUAACAGGCCUUGAUCUGAGGUACAAUAAGAUAAGAGACGAAGGGGCUGAACACCUGGCUGAGCUCCUACAGCACCAGAACUCGGCUCUGCGCUCUCUGGACCUGACGUUCAACGAUAUCGAGACAGACGGAGCUCAGGUCCUCGCCGGCAGCCUGCAGGGUAACGGCAGCCUGCUGUCUCUCCGCCUGUCGGGUAAUAAGAUCGGGAACAGAGGAGCCAUGUACCUGGCCUCCAUGCUGCAGGUGAACAGCAGUCUGCAGCAGCUGGAGCUGGCUGACUGCGACCUGGCCACUCAGAGUGUGAUCGCGCUCAGCAUCGUGUUGAAAACCAACAAGGCCCUUCGAUCCGUCGACAUCAGCCGCCCGCUGCUCUUCAGCCACCAGGAGGAGUGGGCGGUCCACUUCUCUGAGAUGCUGGCAGUGAACAGCAGCCUGCUGGAGCUCCACCUGGGGAAGGUGGGGAUGAGCGACUCUGGGAUGGAGAGGCUGACUGAAGGCCUGAGGCUGAACCACAGCCUGCGCUACCUGGACCUGCGCUGCAACCGCGUGACUCGUGACGGUGUUCGCCGCCUCGCCGAGGUGCUGAAGCAGGACUCGGCUCUGGAGGUCAUAGAUCUGUCGUCCAAUCGGAUCGAAGACGAAGGUGCAGCGUACCUGAGCGAAGCCAUCGCCUCGCCGGCCUGCGUCCUGAAGGAGUUGUCCAUCAGCAGCAACAACAUCUGGACGGAGGGUCUGCUGUCUCUGGCUCAGGCGAUGAAAGCAAACACGACCCUAACACAUGUCUACAUCUGGGGAAACCACCUGGAGGAGCCCGUCUGCCAGGCCUUCGGAGAGCUGCUAUCCAGCGGCCGCCUGCCAGCGGAGCAGACCGACGUCAGCGCGUACGAGGUGGACGGUCGGCUGUUUCUGGCCGAGUCACCCAACGGUUUGAGGAAACACUGGUUCGGCAGUAACGGUACAAACGCUGCUCUGAGCAGCGACGCCACACUUCCACCAAACAUGGAGCAGCAGCAGCAGCUCGCUCCUCUGCAGUUCUGA